AUGUCGGAUUCAGAUGGGCAGCGAGCGACCAUAGAUUUGUUUGCAUUACCAUCAUCUGCAUCUGCAUCUGCAUCUGCAUCUGUCAAUAGAAAAAGCAAGGAAGAGGACGACGAUGCCGCAGGUCCCCGGAUCAACAACGCCAUCACCUCUCCCUUUGUCACCGAUGAAGCGCAUAAUGUUGUCCCCAGGCACGAAGCUCUUCAGCUAGCUGCGAGGAUGGGCAUGGAUUUAGUUGAGGUCCACAGAAAAUCAGACCCUCCUGUAUGCAAAAUCAUGGAUUUUCACAAAGAGAAGUAUAAGAAAGAAGCAAAGGAGAAAGAACGAUUAAAAACCAAGGUAUUCUACUCCUUAGUGAAUCUGCUACCUUCUGUCCUUACUGGUCAGAUUCAACACACCUCAUUGGUCCUUAAAUCAGGAAAAUAGAUAAUAAAAAGAAAAUUCUAGAAAUUCUCCCAUUAAUUGAGAGAUAAAGAGUAAGUGCACCGCUUAUGUCAACUAGAUCUGUUAGUUGGGCCA